CGUGACUGAGGCGGAAAUGAAGAGGACUGUGCGUAGGGAAGCAUUUUGACAACAACAAACCCAGGUCAGAGCAGGAGGCGGAAACAUGGCCGAGGCGGUGAAGGCCCCGCGUCGGACCAAGGCCAAGGCCAGCCGGACUAAAACCAAGGAAAAGAAGAAAUAUAGUGAAGCUUUUGAGAAAGAAAAACUUGAUGAGGUGGACCUUUCUGAAACUUGUAGAGAGCAGAAAAUACCAUCCCCAGCAGGGGAAAUCCUAGCAGCAUGUCCUGAGGCAUUAACUGAGGUUCAGUUGCAGAAUGUUAGUAGCCUACAAACUGUGAAGGAAAUGUUUGAUGUCCCACUCACUUCUUUAACUUUAGACAUUGAAGGAUCCCAAACACAUAACCUAGAGACAGUAAUAGAAGGGGAAGAGGUCAAAGAACAUCACCUCUGUGAAGAAACCGAGCCAAAGUACAACCCUGAGGAAGAUAUGAGCACCAAAGCAGAAGACUCUCGGGGCUUUAGGGAUAGAGCCGAUAAUCCAUCAGCACAGUGUGGACUCUCAGAAACUACAUUCCAUCCUAGUACUUACAGUCAGCAGGUAGCAGGACGUUUACAGGACAGAGGAACUGAGAGUAGACAAGAUUAUAGACAAUCUGUUGGCCUUUCUUCAGAGGUGCUACACAAUGUGGGCUUACAGAGUUGUUAUGAAGCCAAAGAGGUCUUUGAGCCAACUAGAUUGAAAAAACUCUAUCCUGAAUUACCAUCUGAAUUUUCUGGAGAAAGACCAGCUUUAAUGGCAGUAAAACCACUGUUACGGAAUGAACGACUGUAUCCUGAAAUCCCUUCUGAAUCAGAACUGGUACCAUUUACUAAGGAACAACUGAAAAUUUUUGAGCCUUGUUCCUGGUUAGAAAAUGUUGAAUCAUACUUAGAAGAAUUUGACAGUAUAGCUCACCAGGACCGUCAUGAAUUUUAUGAGUUGCUUUUGAAUUAUUCACGGUGCAGGAAACAGCUGUUGCUGGCUGAGGCUGAGCUGCUUACCUUGACAUCUGAUUGUCAGAAUAUCAAAAGCCGAUUAUGGCAGUUUAAGGAAGAGCAAAUGACUGUACAGGGUAUUUGUGCAGACCAGGUGAAAGUUACAGGAUAUCAUCGCUACCAGACAGUGGAGAUGAAUGAGAGUGCCCUGGGAGAGCUAAAGAAGGCAUUUGAAGCAAAAUCUGAGCAUUUACAUCAGACUUUGGCUCUGCAUUCUUAUACGUCUGUGCUCUCCCGCUUACAAGUAGAGUCCUAUAUUUUUGCAUUGCUCAAUAGUUCAGCCGUUCUGAGGUCUUUAUCUAUUCAUCAACAAGGUCGAGUUUCUAAACAGGCAGAAAGUCUUCCCUCUGAUUUGUGUCACCUGAAGGAGUGUAUUAGUGUUUUAUUUAUGUUCACCCGGAGAGUUAUAGAAGAUACACAGUUCUACAAUGAUGUUCUUCUUUGGCUGCAGAAAUUGGUAUCAGUGUUACAAAGAGUUGGAUGCCCUGGGGAUCAUCUAUUCCUUUUAAACCACAUUCUUCGAUGUCCAGCUGGUGUUAGUAAAUGGGCCGUUCCUUUCAUUCAGAUCAAAGUGUUGAAUAACUCAUCAGGGGUAUUUCACUUUAUGCAGUCCCUUGCCUUGCUUAUGUCUCCUGUCAAAAAUCGAGCUGAGUUUAUGUGCCACAUGAAGCCAAAUGAAUACAAACCUUCCUCCCCUGGGCCUGAGUCUGGGAACUGGACAUUAGUAGAUGAAGGAGGAGAAGAGGAUGAAGAUCCUGAGACAAGUUGGAUUCUCCUUAGUGAAGAUGACUUGAUUGCUAUUUUGUCACAGUUCCCAUUUCAUGAACUCUUUAAACACUUUCUUGGAUUUAAAGGGAAAGAUGAUUAUUUACCUGAAACAACAAGACCUCAAGAGAUGAUGAAAAUUUUUGCCUUUGCCAAUUCAUUAGUGGAACUUCUGGCUGUAGGAUUAGAAACCUUCAAUAGAGCACGCUAUAGGCAAUUUGUGAAACGAAUUGGUUUUAUGAUUAGAAUGACACUUUGUUAUGUGAGUGAUCACUGGGCCCAGUUUGUGAGCCAUAACCAAGGCUAUGGAUUAGGUAUGCAACCUUAUUCAAUGGAGAAGCUCCAGGUUGAAUUUGAUGAGCUGUUUCUCAGGGCUGUCCUGCAUGUUCUGAAAGCUAAAAGGUUGGGCAUUUGGCUAUUUAUGUCAGAGAUGCCCUUUGGAACAUUAUCAGUCCAGAUGCUUUGGAAACUCUUUUACCUCAUGCACCACAAAGAGGAUGAAAAUUUGGAGAAGCUCUGCUCUACAGUCCAGCCUAAUGAGUACAAGCACCAACUUCAAGACCCAGCGCAUCUUUUGAGCUUUGAAAAUUAUAUUUCUGCCAUGAAUAGCUCAGAAGAAAUUUGCCUUCUUACUACUUUUGCUCAGAUGGCUCAGGCAAGAAAGACCAAUGUGGAUGAAGACUUUAUAAAAGUUAUUGUGCUGGAGAUUUAUGAGGUAUCUUAUGUUAACCUCUCCACCAGAGAGACCUUUUCAAAAGUUGGUCGAGAGCUUUUAGGAGCUAUUACUGCUGUUCAUCCUGCAAUCAUUUCUGUCCUUUUGGAGAGUGUUAAAGAGACCAUUGACCAAGUUGGUAUGGUUUCCUUAUACUUGUUUAAAGAGCUGCCUUUGUAUCUGUGGCAACCAUCUACCUCUGAAAUAGCUGUGAUUCGGGAUUGGUUACUGAAUUACAAUUUGUCAGCUGUGAAGAAUAAAUUGGCUUGUGUUAUUCUGGAAGGAAUGAAUUGGGGAUUUGGAGAACAGGAUACACUUCAUCUGAAUCAGACUGUUCAUGCUGAAGUGGCAUUAGUGAUUCUUGAAGCUUACCAGAGGUACCUAACUCAGAAACCAUAUGCUGGGUUACUUUCUGAAAGCAUAAAACAGGUUUCGUAUUUGGCCAGUAUUGUACGUUAUGGAGAGACACCUGAGACCUCAUUUAACCAAUGGGCUUGGAACUUGAUUUUGAGAUUAAAGCUUCACAAAAAUGAUUAUGGAAUGCAACAGAAUUGUCCUACAGUUCCUUUCUCCAGCACUGUGCCGGAUAUGAAUGAAUCACCCACAUUUCAUCCCCUACUGAAAGCUGUGAAAGCAGGCAUGCCCAUUGGCUGUUAUCUAGCCUUAUCUAUGACAACUGUGGGCCAUAGCAUUGAGAAAUUUUGUGCAGAAGGCAUUCCAUUGUUGGGGAUCCUGGUCCAGUCUAGGCAUCUGCGAACAGUAGUACAUGUUCUGGAUAAGAUUUUGCCCAUGUUUUACCCUUGCCAGUAUUACCUUUUGAAGAAUGAACUGUUUUUAUCAUACCUCCACCUGUUUUUGCACUUGGAUAGUGGUAUUCCUCAAGGAAUGACCCAACAAGUUACCCACAAAGUGGCUCAGCACUUGACCGGAGCCAACUAUGGAGAAAAUGUGAAGCUUCUCAACAGCAUGAUCCAGGCCCACAUUUCUGUAAGCACUAAACCCAAUGAAGUGGGGCCUGUUGCUGUUUUAGAAUUCUGGGUCCAGGCUCUCAUAAGCCAACAGCUUUGGUACCGAGAACAGCCCAUUCUUUUCUUGAUGGACCAUUUAUGCAAGGCAGCUUUUCAAUAUAUGCAAGAGGAUUGUGUACAGAAACUACUUUACCAACAGCACAAGAAUGCUUUAGGUUAUCACUGUGACCGGAGCCUACUCUCUUCCUUAAUGAGCUGGAUUGUGGCUGGCAAUGUGACCCCAUCUUUCAUUGAGGGAGCUGCUGCUCCCUCUCAGGUUUGGCUUGCGUGGAUUGUACUGAACAUGGAGUCUUUCUUUGAAGAGGAUUCUCAGCUUCGUAGAGUUGUUGAAGGGGAACUGGUCAUUAAUUCUACUUUUACUCCUGAACAGGCUCUCAAGAAAGCCCAGGCACAGUUGAAGCUUCCUAUUGUACCAUCUCUUCAGAGACUGCUGAUUUAUCGUUGGGCUCAUCAGGCUUUGGUUACGCCUUCUGAUCAUCCUCUCUUGCCACUUAUUUGGCAGAAAUUCUUUCUCCUUUAUCUUCACCGACCAGGACCUCAGUAUGGAUUGCCUGUAGAUGGUUGUAUUGGAAGACGAUUUUUUCAAAGUCCAGCCCACAUAAAUUUAUUGAAAGAAAUGAAGAAACGUCUGGUUGAAGUGGCUGACUUCCAUCAUGCUGCCAGUAAAGCCCUCCGAGUUCCAGCAGAUGGCAGUGAAGGACCAGGUGAAAACAAUGCCUCUCCCGCAGGGUAUCUGACUUCUCCAGAGCUGCAUACAGAACUUGUGAGGCUCUUCAAUGUAUUUAUACUAUGGCUAGAAGAUGAGAACUUUCAGAAGGGAGACACCUAUAUUCCUUCACUACCAAAGCAAUAUGAUACACACAGACUAGCAAAGAUUAUGCAGAAUCAACAGGAUUUGUGGAUGGAAUAUUUGAACAUGGAACGUAUCCGUCAUGAAUUUCGGGAAGCUCUCAAUCUUUGGAUUCAAGUAAAACUUGAAUCUCAUUCCACACCCAGCAGUUUGUCAGUACAGAUGGAUUUUACUGAUCCUUUGUCAGCCAAAGAGAGGAUUUUGAGUAACUUGAAGAAACAUGAGGCUCCUCAUCCUCCCCUUGUUCUGCAUGCACUGAAAGCUCCAGUGCCCAUCAUUUCCUCAACUAGUUUGCUCAAUCAGAAGGAAACUAUGCAGCUUAUACGCCCAGACCUGAAUCUCUUGCAGCAGCAUGCUAAAACCGCAGCCCUUCGGGAGUCGCAGCAAGUUGCUCUGGACAGUGAGCUGUUGGAUGCCAUUCCCAAACAGUACGUUAAUCGAGAAGAGCAGAUCACUUUGCAUCUGGAGUGUCGGGGCAGCAGCGGCAGGAAAUGCCAGGGAGCAGCUGUUGUCACAGUUCAGUUUGAAGGUAAGCAUAAGAAUGAAGCUAUUAGCCAGCAACUGCAUGUUUUACGUAAAGAAGUGAAGCAGUUACAAGCAGAAGCCUCCAAGCCGCCAUCACAGAAUAUUGUAGAAGCAGCCGUGCAUGCUGAGAACUUGAUUACGGCCUUAGUGAAUGCCUAUAAGUUACAGCCUACACCUGGUAUUCAGAAAGUUGGCAUUAGCCUCUUCUUUACAGUUGUGGAGUAUGUGUGUGAUGAGACACAACGUCACCCUCCUACAAGACAGUUCUUUACCUCCUGCAUUGAGAUCUUAGGACAAGUGUUUAUCAGUGAUACCAAAUCAGAGUGCAAACGUGUGCUUCAGACGAUUUUGAAGAACAGAAGACUUUGUACUCUGCUCUCUCCCUACUUUACUCCAAUUGCUGCACCUGAAGAAUUCAUAAAUUUGUAUGAAAAAGUGGUGAAGUUUCUAAGUGAAGACAAUGGUGAUAUGAUUUUCAUGCUGCUAACCAAGUUCGAUCUUAAGCAAUGGUUAAACUCCACUAAACCUCCUCUGUCUGAUCGUACCAGGCUCCUGGAGUCCAUUCAUUUGGCACUUACUGCCUGGGGCCUUGAACCCGAUGAAGACAUUUUGAUGUCAUUCAAUAUUUUUUGUAAACACUGGACUUAUCUCCUUCUGUACCAGUUCCCUGACCAGUACAGUGACAUUUUGAGGCUGCUUAUGCAGAGCUCAGCUGAGCAGCUACUGAGUCCUGAAUGUUGGAAGGCAACACUGAACGCUCUGGGCUGCUUCUCAUCUGAGAGCAAAGAAGGGGACUGUCCACACCCUAUAAUUGAGAGCCCUGUGUUUCCAAGUUCUCCCAAUAUUCUCUUGUCAGAUGAACAGGUAAUGGAGACAAUACAGUGGCUUUCAAAUUUUUUCUAUAAAUUGCGGUUAUCCAAGUUGGACUUUAAGAGUUUUGGAUUAUUUUCAAAGUGGACUCCUUAUGUGGCUGAUGUGAGGAGAUUAUUGGAGUACCUUGUGAAACGGCUGAUUGCCUCUGAAAUGGCUUGCUUGGGGCAAGACACGUUAACUAACAGUAGAACAGUGUUGAGAUCUCUGCAUUCACUAAUAGUUCAGCUCUUCAAGCCAUGGAUUCUGGUUUUAGAAGACAGUACAAGCAAUCAGCACUACUAUCCAUGGCUGGAAAGUGAUGCAUCCAUGGCCUCAAGUGUGGUACAUUUGUUCAGUGAAUGUAUUGAGAUUUUACAUGAAAGUUUUAAAGAUAAACUCUUGCCUGGUGAUGAAGGAGCGCUUCGGCUACACUUGAUGCAUUAUUAUGAAUCAUGCACAGCACCCAAAAUGCCAGAAUUUAUUCUCUUUGCUUUCCAUAAUGAAUAUCGAAAACUUCCAUGGAGGGAUAUGUACCCAGACCAAGUGCUAAUGGAAGCUUUCUUCAAAGUGGAAAGAGGAAGCCCCAAGAGCUGUUUCUUAUUCAUGGGUUCUGUUUUGUGUGAAGUAAACUGGGUUAGUGUACUGGCUGAUGCCUGGAGUCCCAAUCCCCAUCCAGAAACACGAAGCAUGAUUGUCUGCCUGCUCUUCAUGAUCAUCUUACUGGCAAAGGAAGAUCAGCUCAUAGAUCAAGCAGAUUCCCCAUUACUCAAUCUCCUUGGACAGGCGAGUUCUCUUUCCUGGCAUCUCGUAGAUAUUGUGUCAUACCAAAGUGUCAUUGGGUACUUCAGCAGCCAUUAUCCUCCAUCUAUCAUCCUAGUAAAAGCUUCUUCAGCUGAAUUAAUAGUAAAGCUCUUAAAAGCAUCUGCAGGCUUCAGUGUUCCUAUCGAUGGACAAAUGCAUCUAGAUGCAGUUCCAAAAUGCCUAGCUUUCACUCGCCAGGUGGUACAGUUUCUUAGCUCUCUGGAACAAAAUGGAAAAAUUACUUUUGCAGUACUCGAACAGGAAAUGUCUAAGCUUUUGGAUGACAUUGUUGUCUUUAAUCCACCAGAUAUGGAUAACCAGACUCGCCAUAUGGCCCUCAGCAGACUCUUUGUUGAAGUUUUAACGAUGAUGAAUAAUGCUAGUGUCCCAACGGCUGAGUUCCUUCGGGGCAGUGUCCGGAACUGGAUUGACCAGAAAGUACAUGGGCUAGUAGUGCUGCCCCUUUUGACAGCAGCAUGCCAAAGCUUGGCUUCUGUCCGACACAUGGCUGAAAUUACAGAGGCCUGUAUCACUGCGUACUUCCAGGAUGACUCCCUCAACUAUCAUUUGGGAUGGGGUCCUAUCCUGGUAUCCCUUCAAGUUCCUGAACUCACCAUAGAAGACUUUAUUCAGGAGUGCCUGUCCCUUGGAAGUUAUUUGACACUGUAUGUCUAUAUGCUUCAGUGUUUAAAUAGUGAGCAAACACUAAGAAAUGAAAUGAAAAUGUUGCUAACGUUAGGAAAGUGGCUGGAACAGGUAUAUCCCAGCUCUGUGCGAGAUGAGGCAAAGCUCUUUUUGUGGUGGCACCAAGCACUGCAGUUGUCCCUGAUCCAGGCCGAGCAGGAUGACACUGUGCUGAUUGGAUCAGUCAUCCGGACUCUUCUUGGGAUCCAGAACAGACAAAGCCAGGCAGCAGAGGAGAGACUGAGCUCAGGGAUACUAGGUGCCAUUGGACUAGGCAGGAAGUCUCCCUUGUCCAACAGGUUCCGUGUGGUUGCAAGAAGCAUGGCUGCCUUCCUUUCAGUUCAAGUUCCUGCAGAAGAUCGAAUUCGUUUGAAGUCUGGUUCUGAAUUACAUUUCUCUCCAAAAGCUCAGCAAGCACUAAAUACUCUUGAAUCCAUGUCUUCAAGCAAACAGUAUGUAGAGUAUCAGGAACAGAUCUCCCAAGCAUCCCAGUUUAUAAAGCAUCCUGGCCAUUGUCUUCAGGAUGGGAAAAGUUUUCUGGCUCUUCUUAUUAACUCUCUGUACCCAGAAGUGCAUUAUUUGGACAUUAUUCGAUAGCAGCACUGAACUCCAUGGAAAACCCUGUGAUGAUUUCUGUUUACAUUUUAUGUUGUUAUUGCACAAGUAACUUUGACUGUCUAGGUCCACUGUAGAACCAAGUACAACCAAUGAGGAGGAUGGUUGGAAGGAAUGUGGGCACUGGUUAUUUCUACCAGGUAUUUUGGAUGCAAGAGUUGUAUGUGUGUAUGUUUGUGUGCAUGUGUUUUUUUAGCCGUUACAAUAACAUUAUGUUAAAGCAUCAAGGACUAUUUAGUUUUUAUUCUUGUGAAAAUGAGAAACGUCAUUAAGUUUCACCUUGAUACAAAGCCAUGGGCCUUGCAGAAUGACACUGUAAGGGUCAUAGAUCAUAGGACAAUUUUUUUUCUCUUUCAUUUGUCUCCUUGCCCUUAAAACAAAAUAAAAAAAAAAAAAACUACUGAGGCUCUCAUGUUAGAACUA